GGUAAGUACAAAUGUAUCCUGAUGCUAAAUUUGGCAUAUCUAUACGUGUAUAUUGUUUUAUAUUUUUUCACGGUUUACGACGAAUAUGCCAGCACAUCAGCCUCGCAAUUCAUUUGUUUAUCCAUCCAUCUAUUCGCCCAUCCAUCCACCUAUCCUAUAGUUUUUCCAUCUAUUUUUUUCCUGCCGAUUAUCAACAGCUGCAACUGCGGCAGCAGAAGCAUGGCUGUGCCUUGCUUAACCUUACGUGGCCUAGCUUGGCCUAAAUUGGCAUGACCAAGUGGGUUAAAUUUAAUGCGAAAUGCUCUGCAGCUUUGUUUUCUUAUUUAAUUUUUUGGCCAGUGGGCAAGGCGAUGCAGCCAUCAAGCCAUCGUGAGUUGGGAAAAUCGCACACAUCUAAAC